UUUGGCAUCUGCGCUUUCAUCAUGGACUUUGACGAGUCAUCCGUAAAGGUCGUCACCCAGGAGUUCACCGCCAUCGUUCUCGCUGGCUUUGGCACAGAUCUCGUACCGCUCACGAGCAAUCAGGGCGAGGAACCAUGUCCGAAGGCUCUCUUGCCCAUAGCCAACAAGCCUAUGCUCGACUAUCCUCUGUCUUGGCUAGAGAGCUCUGGCAUAAGAGAUGUCCUGCUCAUCUGCCCAUCACCUCAUAAGGCAGCAAUCUCGCACUACAUUCAUUCAGGCUCCUCUAUCUCUUCGUUCCCCUCGCUUCGCAUAGAUCUUCAAGUUUACGACGAGUCGCUAGAAAGCGGAGAUGGUACCUGCGACGUCCUUAGGCAUUUUGCACAUCGCCUUACCGGAGACUUCGUCCUGCUACCCUGCGAUUUCGUCCCGUCGCCUUCCUUCAACUUGUCAAGAGUUCUUGAUAAGUUCAGAGGAGAAGCAAAUUAUGAUGGUGCCAUCGCGACUGCAGCUUUCUACGAGACCGCGAAAACCGACAAGAGUGCUAUAAUAGAAGAGUGGGGAGUGCCCCCACCUCAGCUUCCAGUGGUUUGGGACGAUCGGACGGGAACUCUGUUGCAUGUCGACACCGAGGAUGACCGUGACCGUAAUGGAGAGGAGCUGGAACUGACUAUGAGCCUUCUCACAAGAUACCCCCGUGCCAAGAUGUCUGCCAGCCUACAAGAUGCACAUGUUUACGUGUGCAAGCGGUCUGUGCUAGAUAUACUCCAAGAGAAGUCCGAUUUCGACUCGUUCCGAGAAGAGUUCAUACCGUGGCUCUGCAAACCCCAGUACUCGUCACGCAAACGCGCGAAAUAUGCAAACAUUUUGAACCCACCAGCGAACACUUCGACACAUCACAUGUCACUAGAGCACUCGACAACCUAUAUCCCGUCGCAUACACACAGCGUCAGGGAGCAUCUACGGGAAGACAUUAGGACCGCCACCUCGUCGCCGGUAGACCUCACAGAGAGAGACGAAAGUGUCAGCUUACGUGUCGGCAUCGUGAUCCAUCGUUCUUCCGAAGGCUAUGCCGCCCGGGUGAACACCCUGCAAAAUUUCCUUGACCUGAACCGCCAUUUCCUUAACCAAGUGUCAUGGACACUUCCGACCGACUCCGAGAGUCGUGCGCUCAUUGAUCCCAAAGCUCAGAUCUCGAGCGAUUCGAUGAUCGGUUACACGACCAAAGUCUCCGAGAAGACAAGUAUCAAAAAGUCAGUCAUCGGAAAGCACUGUGUUAUCGGCAAGAUGGUCAAGAUCGUGGGGUGCGUCAUCUUGGAUCACUGUGUGAUAGAGGACGGCGCGAAACUCGACGGCUGCAUCCUAGGCACGAAUACAAAGGUCGGUGCCAAGGCGGAGCUAUCAAGAUGUGUAACACAAGCUGGAUACGAGGUAGAGGCUGGAGAGUCGUUUAAAAACGAGAAGUUAGACGUUUCAGACUGGACAGUUCACCAGGGAGGCAGUGAUGAUACUGGCGAUGAGGACGCGGCCGGGGAUGAGUCUGAGUAGACAACUUCCAGCCGAAGACUGCACAUAUCAAUGUCGAUUGUAAUGCAUAGUGUGUAUGCGUAGAGAAGAUGUCGACGUUCACCUUACUCCUUCGGGCGUCUGGGCCGGAACAGCGU